AUGCUGGUCACUGCGGGACAGGCAAUACCUACACAUGGAUUGGAUGAUAGGGUGACCGUAUUUGGUGGCAUUUUGAUUGAAGGUGUAGCAACAUUUACCUUAGUUUACACAGUCUUUGCAUCCAGGGAUCCGCAGAGAAGAUCAUCGGACGGCAUAAUUGGAGCCAUAGUAACAGGAUUCAUAGCUGGUGUCAACAUCUUGGCCGUUGGUCCUUUUACAGGUGGUUCAAUGAACCCAGACAGAUCAUUUGGACCAUCCAUAAUCACCAUUGAUUUUAAAAACCACUGGGUUUACUGGUUGGGACCUCUAAUGGUGGUGGAUUAG